GAGGGCUCUUAAGACCAGGCAGCCAGGACAUCAGACCACCUUUUGCUUCAGUCACUGUCACCCCGUGAUGCGGGCAAGUGCCUUGGCCUCUCUGGGUCUCAGGUCCUCUCCUGUCCAAGGUGUUGUGAGGCUUAUACAAGUCACUGGAGGUAAACGUGCUGAAGCUUAACCUCAGACAGGAGGGCUCCCUAAUAAGAGUUCCGUGUGGCCAGGGCUCCGUGUCACCCAUUAUUCAGGACCACAGGAAGAGCAGAGGAAGAGAAGGAACUGGUCAUUAUUUCCCAGGGGAAAAGGACCCAGAAAGUGUGUGACAAAGACAUGGAGGAAGCAGCAGGCACCUCCCUUCUCCUAGAGAACCCGGGGUUCCCGCAGCCCUGGCGAGGCUGGGCUCCAGGGGAGGAGGAGAUCAGGUGUCAGCUGCUGUGUGUAUAUAGCCCCAGGCCUCCGGGGCCAGGUUCACUGCUGAGGCCGGGGCCAGCCUGUGAAGAUGAAGCUGUCCAGCGCCAUCCCUUGGGCCUUGCUGCUCAGCACAGCCACAGUGGAUUCGUUAGACUGGCUCCCCCGGAAUACUAACUGUGGGGGAAUCCUCAAAGAAGAGUCUGGAGUGAUCGCCACCUAUUACGGACCGGAGACUAACUGUGUCUGGACUAUCCAGGUGCCACAAGAGUACCAAGUUAGGGUGACUAUCCAGAACCUCCACCUCAAUUGUGAUAAAGAGUCCCUGGAGAUUAUAGAUGGGCUACCAGGAUCUUCUGUCUUAGGGAAGAUUUGUGAAGGUUCACUCCUGGACUAUAGAUCUACUGCCAAUAUCAUGACUGUCAAGUACAUCAGAAAGCCUGACCACCCAACUUCUUCCUAUGAAGUGUUAUACUUUCAGGAUCCACAAGCUUAGUGAUCUCUGCUCAGGCUUGAGUGGACAAAUGUUGCAAAAGAGAACAGCAGUCCUUGAAGACCCUCUGGAGUCAGCUGCCCACAAGGAGAGGCAUCUUCUGAUCACCUGUCUAAUCACACCUGCUUCUCUCACCCUGUCACCUCCAUCCUUUCCAGCCCCCAGUCUCCUAACUGCAGAAAGAGUCCUUACUACUGGGCUUUAGAUUGUUGCCAUCUUGUGGUUACUUCCUUCUAUUUAUCACUAUAAUCAUUUUGAAUAA